UUUCAUUUAGAGCAAGUAUGUAUUAGGAGCAGCGUACGGUUGUCAUCCACAUUAUGCAGAUACGUAUAAAGAUACGAUACAAAAGACGCUUGAAGAAUUUCUGAAGAAUCGCCGAAUCUCAAAAAUUUUAGCAAUUGGAGAGUGCGGGUUGGACUAUAUGAAAAGCGAUGUGGAUUCACCAGUGCAAGUUGAAGUGUUCGAAGCCCAGUUGGCCUUAGCGCUUAAACACCAGAUUCCUUUAGUUAUUCAUUGUCGAUCUGGGCCUAGAGGACCUGGUGACGCGGAAAAAAUCUGCUUAUCCGUCAUGAAGCACAUUGUGGGCUUUCUCAUCUGUCUUUGCGUUUUCGAUUUAAAAAGAUGGGAUUGA